AUGGCCUCCUGGUUCGGGGGGAGCACGGGCCCCGACCCGCUCAUUCUCCUGCUGGUCGUCAUCCUGCUGGCGCGCUUCAUCCUGUGGUCCUGCCUUGGCACCUACAUCGAUUAUAGACUGGCCCGGCGGCGGCCCCGCAAACCCAAGGAGGACUAG